AUGGAGAAUCCAAAUCUCAAGAAAGAGCUAACCAAAGUCCUCACUCCUCCUUUAAAUUGGUACAAAAAACCUGUUUUAAAAUAGCAUUCUAUUUGUAUUUUUUUAUUAAAUUAGGCCAAAACUAAUUUUAUAAAAAAUUAUUAUUUUCAUCUUUAUUUUUUUAAAAAAAUAUAAAUUGGCACGAUGAUUUAAAUUUUAAUCAUUUUUAUGAAGAAUUAAAUCAAAAUAUAUCGAUUCAGUGUAAAAAUGGCUUAAAUAAUAUUCUAAAUAUAUUUUUCGAUUAAUUUAGGUUUAUAAACAUUGGUAUUUCAUUGAUAAAAUUUUCCUAUUGAAAAAUAAUUUUGUUUCAAUUUAAAUGGGACAAAAUACAAAAAAGUACAAAUUGUACUAAUGUUUUAUUCCAAUUUAAAAGGGAUGAGUCAGUGAAUUCGAAAAAGCAAGGGAAUGGGAGUGGGAUGACCUCCGAAAAUGGCUCAAGAAAGUAAAAAAGCUUUUAGAAAAAUACCCAAAUGCUCAGAUCCCUGACAAGUAUACUCUCGCCAAGCGUUUAUCUCAAUGCUUAAACCCAGGCCUCCCACCUGGUCUUCAUUAUAUUACCAUAACCAUCUACCAAACCCUUCUUAAUGGUCGGGAUGAUAUGGACGACUUAGCAAUCUACUCAGGAGGGAUUUUGCCUUAUUUCCAAUACGCAUCUUUAGAAAACAAAGAAAAUGUUUUAAAUCUCAUCAGCUAUUACUUCGUGGAAAAAGGCUCAAAAAUCAGCUUUGCCCUGCCAGGCAUUGUAACAGCAAUUCUUCCUGGUCUAGAUGAAGAAGAAAGCAACCCAGAAAUAGAACAGAGGACUAUGGAAAUUUUUGACAGGUUCGCUGUGCUUGACAAAAUCGGGCUGUUUGGGGCUAUGUGGCAAGCUUUAUUAAGAAGUCCUCGAGUAAGAAGGCCUGCUUUGUUAUAUUUAUCCCGAAGAGUCCCAAGGACUGAAGAUUUAGGCCUUGAAGACUAUUUGCCUCAGAAAAAUUUAUUAGUGAACUCUUUAAUUGCAGCUAUAAAUGACGAGCAUACAGUAGUCCAAAGGGCAGCACUUGAGCUGUUGCUUUCUCAUUUCCCUAUAAAUAUUUCAGAAGAAAUAUUAAAUACUCACGAAAAAACAGUCCUAUUAGAAGCAGUGCUCAAAUUGUUAAGGCAGCAAGAUAUGUUUAUCAAUAAACUAAUAUGGCUCUGGUGCUUCCAAACUGACGAAAGCCCUAAGGAAGACAUUUUGGAAGAAAUUAAAGAGUAUUUGGUAGAAGCGUUGAAAAGCAUUUUUGGGAUACACCCGACGACUAAAGAAGAAAGCUUGCUGCCUAUGAAAAUUUUGGAGCCGCUAUUAGGACAUCAUGCGCUGGCACCUUAUUUGUUGAGAGAAAUUACUGUGACUAUGCUGACUUAUGUAGAAAACUAUAAAGAUGAUAAAGAUUAUGGCGGGGAGAUCUUGGAAGAGUGCUUAAGAUUGUUGAGAAAUGACCAGUGUGUGGAGAACGGGCUUUUGAUUUGGGAUGCUCUGAAUUACUCUCUUGAUGAACAUCUGCAUGGAGAUGCUUUAAAAGCGAUUGAAGUAAUCAAAUUUUGCUUGAAAUCAUUUCCUAUUGAAGUCUACGAAGUUACUCAUAUCAGGCCUUUGCUUGAAAACUUAUUGACAAAUAUGCACAACCUGUCUCAGCAGUCUUUGAGCUCAGCUUUAGAUCUAGCCAAUGCAAUGGUGCAAAGACUUCACAAUUGUGGCUCCUUAGAUAUCCAAGACUCCAUUUAUUGCUUUCACCGCUUUUUUGUGCAGCUUUGUAAAGAGUCUGGCAGCUCGAUUGAAGAUUUAAGGCUUGCUUCUUCAUUAACCAUUUACCUCAUAAACAUAAUAUGAUGAUGAAUGGUUUUGAGGCAGUAGUAUCUUGCGAACCUGUGAUGAGGAUCCUAAGAAACAGAACCGCAUUUUUUGGGCCUAAUCAAAUGGGUAAUUAAUCGCGACUUCUUUUUAUCAGAAGCACUCAAGUUAGUGGGCGCCCGAAAUGGAGCUGUGUGAAUUACCUGCUCAAGAUGCUAUUGUGGUCUGCCCCGAAUCGCGGAAGCGGUUGGGAAUUUUUUCCGGGAUGACCUGAAAAAAAUGGAAGGCAAGCUAAUCAACUUAUCGGCGGCCCUCGAUCCCUAAGCGGGGCUAACCAGCCAGGAGUAGGAGACAGGAUAUGGCAUAAUAAGGACUAAGGGAAUGAAUUGGAAAUGGUUGUGCUCAGCUAUGGUCUGCAGACCAACAGAGCAUUCACUCCGAGAUAUCAGGGUUUUGGCUUGAACUCAGAGAUACCAGAGGUGGAAGUCCACUCAAUUCACUUGGGCCACCACACAGCUCCUAAAGGAGCUGUGCAGAAGUCGCUCGUGGAAUGGGGAACUUAAAUAUUAGCGUCUAACUAUCCAUUUACCUCAGCAGAUAUUCCCCAAAAACCCACGAUUUGGAAUGAAAGCAAUGCUUUUUAGACUGCAUGGACAAUAAGGCUAACAUCGACGUCGCUUUAAUAGGGAUUGACUGCAUUUUAAAGCUUAUUAAAGUAGAAGAAAACUCGUACAUACAAGGAAUCGAAAGCGAAAGAAAUGAAAAUCUAUGUGAAAGUGUCAUGAAAAGGCUGUGAAAGCUUCUUGAUAAGCCAGAUUAUAAAUCAAAAGCAGUAGAAUUAAUUUUAAUGCUUUACCAAGCUGAUAGAAGUAUUUUUUAUAAUACAAUAUCAAGAAAAUUAUUAGGAAAUAGCAGGGACGAUGAGAGUUUUAGCACCUUGGACACAAGCCGGUGCUUUAAAGAAGCAGAGGAUUGGAGCAAUUCUCAAGAAAAAGUGGUAAAAAAACUUGUCAAAAAUAUCAAUAGGUUCACUGUAUUUUGGAAUACAGCAAGCAGUGUGUCGUCUGGUGCCCUCGUAGAGCUUCUUUAUAAUGGUGACGGAAUUUUCUAUAUGCUUGACCAUCUGGAUCACCAUUCUCCAGAAAUCAGAGACAACGUCAGGAAAUGGCUAAUUGACUCCCUUUCCCAGUUUUCUUGUGUUUUGGACCCUAUUUUUGUGAUCCUUAUGCAACCAGACUCCUUAAGACGAAAACAAAAUGGCUUUUACGUGAUUGAUAAAUACGAUGACGCAAGGAUUCUUGACGCAUUUAAAAAGCUCAGAAGGCUCAUAAGAAAUGGUGGAGAAAUAAUUUUUACGAAAACAGAAUCAUUAUUACUCACCCCUAGAAUUGAAGAACUGCUUAUUCAAGGAGAAAAAGCUGCAGAACCUUAUGAAGAUGAACCGAAAACUUAUUUAGAAUUAAUGGUAGAAGUUGCUUUAAGGUUCAUUAUGACUGAUACUUUUUCAGAUGAAGAUUUCGUCAUUAGAAACCAAACAGUCCAAGCUGCUGCCUGCGAAUUUUUGGAUUUAAUUUUAUCACAAAAGAACACUGAUCUUGCAUAUAGAGCAGUUUAUAGAAUUCUGGCCUGCAUCAAUAAAAGUAUUGAUAAAGAUGACUGUGUCAUGCAAUUAUUAUUGCUUAAUGUCAUACAAGUAAUUUUCUUUAGCUGCAAGCUGGAAACGAAUUAUAAAGAAUGCAUUGAUUUGUUAAGGUCAAAACAGUUUGGAGAGGUAUAUCUCAAAGCACUCCACACUAAUGAUUCAUAUGUAAGAAGUCAUUGGAUUUCUUUUAUUACGAAUUCUCUGCCUAUUUUUACAAGAAUUGAUAAUGAAAAAAUGAUGGAAUAUAGGCGAUUUCUUUUUCUCAGCUUUUUUUAUAGAGUUUUCUUGAAAUUUAACUUGUUUUCCUAAUAAGGAAACAUUUUUGGUGCAAGUUUUACUAUAAAAAAUGCAUAGCAAAUAGCCUGAAUCAUGGAAUAUAUAGAAGUUCUAAUAGAAAAUUUCUGCAAAGAAAUCCAAAAAGCUGAAGACUCCGCUGCACUAUUUGAUGGUCUGCAAGCCAUUCUGCAUCACUCUUUAGAUAUAAAUAAGCAAAGCAGAGCUGAUCCAAAUAUUUUAAUCCACAAUUACCCAGAGCUUCAAAGGCCUAUCCCUCAAGCCAAAACUUCCUUUUUAGACGGAGUGAAAAAAAUAUUCAGAAGCUCUGAAGAGCAAGUCCAAGUAAAUCCAUAUUUCAAUAUUUUCAAAAAUUUCGAAAUGGUGCUGAACACCUGCAUAAAAUGUAUAUCUGAGACCAAUAAUAACCAAACAGGCUACAUCUUAGGCUGCCCCUCCUCUGAAAUGAGUGAAGGGUCUACAAUAGGAAAUAACCACAUUUUAGACUUACUUAACCCUGUUAUGGCUAAAUUUCCAGCAGAAUUAAUGAUUGCAGCUAUGGAUAUAUGGAUGAAAAGGACUAUAAUGACUGACGAUUUAGUCCAAGAAAUGGACUCCGAUUUAUUGAAGCUUAUGAGUAUCAUUAUUUCUCUAGACACUUCUCCUGCCAUUGUUAUGAGAGCAUUAAAUCAAUUUACCUCAGACCUUAACUUAGCCCAAUACAAGAGAAAAAAUGACGUCAGCUCGACCUAUAAAGAAGCAGCAGUCGCCCAUUUUGCAUAUUGCCUUUAUGGAUUUUACCCUAAAAACAAGCUUGAUAUGGACUCUGACGAUAAACGUGAAUUCUGGGGAGAAGCUGUAAAGCUUACCAAAGAGCUUGACCAGUCUCCUUUCCCAGUGGUCCAUAUAUGGAUUAUUGAGCUUUUUGCGUUACUUGUAAGAAGAGUCAAAAUUGAGGACGCUUUAGCAGAUAAAAACAUAAGAAAACUAAUUCAAGAAUAUUUCCAAAAACUCAUGAACACAGUCACUUCUAUGGCUUUAUCAGUUGAAGGCAAAGAAAUCAAGCACCCUUUCCCUCCUUCUAUUUAUUUUUUUAUCAAAAAUCCUGAUAAAAGGACAACAGUCAGCUUAAAACUGGUAGCUUUACAAGUACUGAAAUCAGCUGCUUAUAAUGUAGUCAAGCAGAUUUGGCAAAAAGAAGGCCCAGAUAAAGUGACUGCAGUUAUACAGUCCCCUGCAAGCCAAUUUUUCCAAGCUUUAACAGGCCGCCAAGCUCAUGAGCACGCUGAAACAGUAGCUGAGCUUGUAAGCUCCCUUCUGGUAUCAGGUGGUUUACAGCUUGCCAGAGUCCUCCGAAAAGACAUUAUUGACUUUUUCACGUCUCCUGAAUUUUUCGACUCUAUGAAUGGCCGAGAACUCUGCCUCAGAAAUUGGUCACAAAUUAUCAAUAAUGUCUGCAAUUUCUGUUACCCUGACAAAAAUGUACUAAUAAAUGAACUUUUAGGAAAAACCCAAAAUACAGUAUUCAGCAAUAUCACAAAUGUCCAGAAAAUAAGGAUACUAAAGUGUAUAAGCUAUUUAAUUUAUAGUGGAGAAAUUGAUGAUUAUCAAGCUUGCAUGCAGCUGAUAGUAGAAAAACUGAUAGAGUUUAUAAGGGUGGAUGAAUCAUUGAUACCUGGGGGUAUUUUUUGUGGUGUCAUAAAAAAUGAGGCAAAUUAUAGUGAUUUUUAUAUUUAAAAUUCAAAAAUUAUUUGUAAUUGGCUUUUUCAUGACUACCCUAUUUUUAGGGAUAAGAGUCCUUAUGCUAAAAUUGUCUCCUCCAGCAAUUUCAGAAAUUUGGCCAAGACUUUGGCCUCAUGUUCUAUCAGAAUUAAUGCAAAUUGUAGAGAAAAAUGAAAAUUUGACAAACUGUAUGGCUGCACUGAAGUUUUUAGACUUGAUUUCUACAAUAAAUAAUGAGGAGUUUCAUAUGUAUCAGUGGAUAUUUUUCUUGGAUGCUUUUACUGAUGUAGAUGACCGUGAGGAAAAUAAAACCAACGAGUUUGAUCCAUUAGUGCCAAGGUGUUUUGGGAAACCUGAAAAUUUCGAUAGGUUUGAGGAUAAGUUUGAGAGCCUUGGGAGGGUUGAGAAAAGGAAAUUAGUGGUAGACGUACAGGAGGUUAAGUCUCAGAAUGAGCUGAAAUCGAAAGCAAUUAGACUUUCUGAAGAAAUUUUAAGGUUAAGUGAGGUGAGGUGUGAGCCUGAUAUGGAGAAUAUAAGGAGUUUAUUGGAAAGAGACUUUUUAUCACCAACAUUUUAG